GCUUAAUUUUACUUCACAAAUCCUCUUAAUAAAAUAGCAAAUCAACUUAAACCCUGUGGGAAGAAGAAAAUUUUAAUAUGAGAACUGAGAAGUAUGCUUAAACCCUUUGAAUAAACCUUGAACUUGAUACAAUAGAUUAAAUCACAUCAUCAAUCACCCUCAUAUAAUUUUUGUGGAAGAGGGUUACUUAAGUAUCAGGGAGUUGUGUAUGCAGGCCAACUGUUUGAUAUGUGUUCUCACAGAACAUGAGCCUAUACUUUCUCGUUUUCACUUAAGUUUUUUAGCCAUGAGAACAAUCUAGUCCAAAUUUUAUUGGGGUGUUCAUGAUUCUUGGCGUGUUUAUGUGAUGACUAUACGUCGCGGUUUAAGCACAGUUAGAGCUAAUUCUUUGUUGUCUAGCUUAGGAUACUCGAGCUGCUAUAUAAGAUUGUUGCCAGUGUGCUUUAGUAGAGUGUUUCUGUUUGAUGUACUUACUGUCCAAUGCCGUUGUUUUUCGAGAAAGCCAUGUGGGAAUCAGGUUGCGCUUUAUCUCCAGAGAGCAAAGCUGAUUGAUUCGAUUCGGCUUAUUAUGCGUUCUAGUUCUCUAGAGUUUUUGGUGCCUGUUCUAAAUGAUCCGGCUCUGGACUCGUUUGUGGUGACAAAUGCUCUAAAUUCAGCUCCUUCUCCGGAGUCUGCGUUGUUCUUGGUGGAGAGUCUGAAGGGCAUUCCACAUUUUAGGCAUACCCAACAUAGUCUCCAUGCAUUGGCUAAGAUUCUUGCGAAAGCUGGACAGGUUGCUAAACUUAAGGCCCUUAUUAAUGGAAUUGAUUCUGGGAAAUUUAUCAAUGUUGCACGUGUUAGUUUUAUGGAUAAGAUGAGGUGGUUGGCUGCUGCUGGGGACCUUGAUGAGGUCCUUUCUGUCUGGAAGGAGUGGAGAGCAGUGCAGAAUCGCCCAUGUACCGAGUCUUAUAACAUUAUCAUGGCACUUUGUGCGCAGACGCAUAAAGACUCUGAGGUUGUGAAGACAUUCUGCAGGUUGAUUGAUGAAGGAGGGCUUCCAAAUGCGAGGACAUAUACGGUAAUCAUUGAGCACCUUGUAAAUUUAGAGAAACUGGAUGAAGCAAUGCAGGUUUUCCAAAUACUGCCUUCAAUGAGGAUUAAACGGACGUUAAGGCAGUACUCAGUUUUGGUAGGGGCAUUCACUGAUACUGGUCAAUUUGAUAUGGUUAAAAUUUUACUUGAUAAUAUGCACAUUGAUGCAAUAUUGCCUGGUCGAGCCAUGCAUUCAUCUUUACAGCGCAUGCAGGAGGCAGGUUAUGUUGAGGAAACUACAGAAUUGGUUAAAGAAAUGUUACCAGAUCAGAGGAUUAAAAACAUCAAAUCAUCUAUAACUGAUAGUGAUUAUGACGACGAUGAUGAUGAUCAUGCAAAUGAAGACGUUGGCUCUACCCUCUGCAAUGCUGGUGAAAAUGCCGUUCAGCUGAAACCAUGGUUCGACCCAGCUGCAUUGGCUAGUGCUUUGUAUUACUGGAGACCGGAAGAGUUAUCAACACUGGAAGAUGCUAAUUUUGUAUGGACUACUCGGUUGGUUUCCAAGAUGAUUAGAAAUUUCCGUUCUGCUGAAACGGCGUGGCAGUUUUUCACUUGGGUUUCUUACCAACCAGGAUUCUGUCAUAAUGUUUACACCAUAUCAAGGAUGAUCACCAAGUUAGCUCGUGACGGGCAAGUCAAUUUGGUUGAUCAACUAUUGUUUAAAAUAAAAAGGGAGGAUAUACAAUUAUCCUUUAGCACAAUCAAGUUGAUUAUCGAUUUUUAUGGUAUAUCAGGGAAUGGUGAACCAGCGCUUAAGGUUUUCCAAGGUGCUAAAACAAUAUGUGGUACCUUAUCAACAAAUAGUCUUUUGCUCCUGUAUUCAUCUCUUCUAAGAACAUUAGCCAAGUGUAAGAUGCAUGAUAAGGCCUUAGAUAUCCUAGAUGAAAUGAUACUGUGCGGAAUCCUUCCAGAUAUUCAAACAUUUUCAGGAUUGAUGCACCACUUUGCUCUCCAAGGAGAAAUAAAAACAGUGCAGAGACUCUUUGCAAUGGUAAAACAGAGUGAGAUGAACCCCGAUGCCUACAUGUACCAGAUUCUUAUUACUGCGUACUGCAAGUCUGAAAGAUCUGCUCUUGCUUUGAGGGUUUUUGAGGAUAUGAGGAAUGCUAACCUGAUGCUUGAUGUUUCGACAAAGGAUUUUCUAGUGAAUAGUCUUUGGAAGGAAGGUAAGCUCCGAGAGGCUGCCUCUGUAGAAGAAAAAAGCCAGGAGAUCAGUAAUGUUCCUCCACUUGCAUUGUCUGGUCAGUUGUUCACUGUGAGUUCUUCAGAUCUUGCAACGGUUUAUAAGAUUUACUCGGACAGCUUGGAAUCUAUGUGCUGAAAUCGUGAGUGGAUUAAAAGUAAGAGUUUUUUGUAAUGUAGUAUGUGAAUUGGAUGGUGGUCAAGGUGAUAUGAUAACAUCUGAACUAUAUAUAACAUGAGUUUGAAAUCCUUCUAGAUUUCUUUUCCCAGUGCUUCAAUAUAUUUUUUGAACUUGGUGACAAACUUUUGCUUGUUCUUUUCUUUAACCUUUCUGCUUAUCUUAGAACCCAAUCCUAAGCAGUUUAUUGAUUGUUUUACUGAUUAUACUCUUGAACCCAAUCCUCCCUUGGACUAUGUAGUAUAUGUGACUUGCACAUUAAAGGUGAAUAUUCUUGACCAAGAAUGGUUCAUGGUGAUAUAUAUGACCAAGUUACAUACUUCUCAAAUCCAUUUUCAGGCAAUUUCUUCACAGCCGGGCCUGCUACAGGCCCCUUACUUGAAGCAGAUGUUUUUUUCUUGGCUUUCUUCUCUUCGAGUUCUUUCUGGUAGUAUUUUGAAAGAACAUAGAGGAGAGGCUAUCAAGAUAGAUGGAUUCUAUCUUAUUAAAAAGCUUUGUACCCUAUAGGCGGAUCUCUAAGCUUGACAAAUUAGCCGCAUUGUGCACAGCGGAAAAAUCUACAGCCAUUCAGCCAGACCAAGUUUCACAAAGAUAGUCCCGACUCCCGAGCUCUCAUUUCUUGCUCAUUCAACUUGUCAGAUGGAUGCAAGGUCCUAGAUAUCUGGACUGGAACCAGAUGAAUCUUUGAAGUUACCCGUGCGGUCAUUGGUCGUUAAGUUUUGCUUAGUCAAGCAGUAGAUAUCUAGUGUUUUGCUUUUUAUUUGGUAGAGCUUCCUUCAAGUGGAGUGGUUUUUAAAGUAAUUAAUCUCUAUCCUUAGCAAGAACCAAAUACUUGCAGGAAA